CUUGCCUGUGAAGUUCAGUACAAGCCAUUACCUGAAUUAUUUCCAAACUUUGAGAAAAUACGAUACCAUAACACCAACUCCGCUAGUCCUGCCCGAUUUACAAAAUUGCCAAAGUGAGAGGAAAAAAAAUAUUUUUAACACAAACGUUUUACAAUUGCAAAUUAAGUAAGUGCAGCUAUUUCAAUUUCGUUAUUUGUAUUUAAAAUAUUUACCUUACCUUAUCAAUGUUUUCUUGCCUUGUUUUGAUUCCAUAGACGUCAACACGUAGGCCUAUAGGGGACUGAAAUAGACUGACUUGAAUUAAAUUUCAAGAACAUGUUGGUUUAAUACAACAAUGCCAAAACCCGCAAGAGAAGUCAUUGUUGAAGAGUAUAAACAGGUUAUUUGUGGUAUUCAAUAUAUUUGUAGAAGGUAGGCCUAUGCCUAAAGUCCCUGUAGGCCUACAGGAGAAUUCAUUUCAAGUUUAAAAUCGUUACGUUAUGUAUGACACUGCAGGUUUGCGUUUACGUUGUUUGUAAAAAGCGGAGGGAAAGUUAUUAUGAUGGAGAUAAUGAAAAGUAAGAAUGCACGUGUUAAGGUAUUGAAUCUAUUUAAGGUUCAAUGUUAAUCAAACAUUAAAUAUAAAAUUACAUGUUUUAUUAAGUAAUAGGCCUAGAUCUGAUUGUUUUGAUUUGGUCUUUCCAAAAUCGCGUAGUUUAUCUUUUUACUAGUAUAUACUGCAGCUACCCUUACAAAGUCUGCACUGUUGCAGACAGGUUGCACACAAAUAGGACAUACCAGUACUUCAGGUGAUUCCACUGAUUAGCACGCGCGCAUCUUCUAGUGCGCAUCGUCUAGUGCGCGUGCGCAUGCGCAUAGGAUUAUGGGGCAGAACAGCCUAAAGAACCUGCUGGCUUGCAUACUGCAAAAUGUAACCCCGAAUAUAGUACAUCCUGGAGUGUUUUUUAAGCAUACUUUUCCAUACUAUGCAUUAUUGCGACAUACUAAAAAAAAAUCGGUCAGAAUUAAUAGUAUGGUAGUAUGGGUAUUGAAACGCAGGUUAUGUUUUUACUGUGGACCUAGAAGUUUCAACCCCUAACGAAACCCCGUUGUGCGCUUACGUCACUUCCGUGCAACCGCUUGGUACGACCACCAUUCCCACCCCCCCUUCGCAUGAUACAACAACACUUCGUUCCGCCGUCUAGCAUUUCGACUACCCCGAAGUAUCUCUCUUUGUUGUGCGCGAAAGAACCAACUAUGCGGUCCAUAGUUGGAUUGGUCUUCGUCAUUGGUGCAGCUACGUUAUAUCUGUAUUUGUUGUCCACGUAUCUUCCCGUCGGGCCCCGACGUGUAACUUCUUCCGAUGUCCGAGGGGAGAGUGUGAAGACAACAGGAGACCCUGAGCUGUCAUCUGUCAGCGAAGAGCACAGCAGGUUGAAGUUCCCUUCAGACUUGAAGGAACUGAGGGAGAUGGCUGAGCUUCUUCAGUACUACAAGAAGGAGCAUACGGGGUACCUUGUCCUUCUGUUUUCCAGUGCCUACCUGUACAAGCAGUCCUUUGCCAUCCCAGGAUCAUCGUUCCUGAACAUUCUCGCGGGGGCUAUAUUUGGACCGUAUCAGGGCCUGCUGCUGGCCUGUGUCCUGACCACUGCGGGCUCAACCAUGUGCUAUCUGCUCUCCCAAGCAUUCGGGAAGCAGCACAUCACCGGCCUGUUCCCUGACAAGGUGUCCCUGCUCCAGAAGAAGGUGGAGGAGAACAAGGACUGCCUGUUCUUCUUCCUGCUCUUCCUGAGGUUCUUCCCCAUGACGCCCAACUGGUUCCUAAACAUGUGCGCCCCCAUCGUCAACAUCCCCGUGGUCUACUUCUUCUGCUCCGUCUUCGUCGGCCUCCUGCCGUACAACUUCAUCUGCGUGCAGACGGGCGCCAUGCUGUCCGAGGUGUCCUCCCUGGACGACCUCUUCUCCUGGCAGCGUCUGCUCCAACUGCUGGCGAUCGCCUGCAUGGCCCUGCUCCCCGGAGCCCUGAUCCGCCGAUACAGCCAGAGCCGGCUCAAAGCAGAGCCCGCGGGGCCCCAAGACCUCCCGGCCAAUAAGAAGGCCCAGUGAGGCCGGAAGGGGGCGGGGAUAAGAACUGUCGUUACCUCAUCAGAAUGAGGGAGUGUUAAUCGAGGUGAGUCUACGGCCUGGUGGAACACCGUGGUGGAGGGUCUUGGGCUUAUGGGAGGGUCUGGAACAUUUGGUUUUAGGAAGGGAUUUAAUUUCUAUUUAGAAUUUUUGAAAGUCUGAUUAAAUCCCAGGGACUUUUAUCAUAUUCUGGGGUGGGAUGAUUGUGUCUGUAUGGAAUAUUCUCGGGUGAAUCAAAAAAUGUUUUUGUCUAUUUGAAGGUGUGAUUAGGUUCAUGUAUGAAUGUAAGGUUAAAUGUGAAUGCAAAAGAGGGAGCUGCUACAGCAAAGCUGUAAUAAACUGCCAAUUAUUUGUCAUGCCAAGCUGUAAAAUCCUACAGGCUAACAUUUCAAGUGCCUGUACAAAUUUAACAAAUGUUUAAAUCACUACCUCAGGUAUUUGCAUCGAUGUAUUUAUGUAUUGUACAUAUUAUUGAUGAUGAUUAUGUUUAAGUUGGUUUUAAUUAGUUUGUGUAAAGGAUUUCCAGAGCUUUACAGUUUUGCAUAUCAGGUAACACUCUUGCAACUGUUAAUCCACAAAUAAAUUUCACAGAUUUUCUUAGUACUUCUGUUCAACUUGUUUGUUUUUGCAAUAAAUUAUUCAAACUGCCAACCUUAUGAAAAAAUACUAUUGGUCUAAAUUUGUUUGCGUUGCUCCACGAUUCGCGUAUCUAAAGUUAGAAUGCAAUACAUGAAUAUCUUCACUGCGGCCAAUACUUGAAACCAAAAGGUCCAGACAGAAUUGAUUUAGAGAGAAAUAAUCCCUUGGUUGAUUGAGUUGUGGUUGGAGGGGUAUGUUUCGACACUUAUAAAUUAUUUGAUGAAGCAACGUAGUGAGUAGGUUGCGUCCAAUGUGGAUGCUGUCACACUGAGCAGGCUACAACCUGUCCGAAGACGGCGAGUCAUGUGUGGAUUCUUCCGGAGACACGCAUGCCGUCGAGGUUAAUCACAGGACCAAACGGUCGGCUUCUACUCCCCGGCAGUUUUUCUGGUUUGAAAGAAG